AUGAUCUUCGAGCCUGGCAAGCUCCCAUUUUCUCUGCAUCAAACUCUGCAGCCAUCUGGAAAGGAAAAGCCGGUUCCUCUCAUCAGGCUCCCGCAGCUGAAGCUACCCGGCCUCCGGCCACCUUGUGAGGAGCCUUCUCCUGCACCCAAAGGACCGGACACUUCCACAUGGGGGUUGGGGGAGCCGAGGAACUUCGGAUUGAAAGAGGCUAGUCCACGGAAACCAGCUUCCCAUUCGUCCCGGGCGCAGGCCCUUGGCCUACCAGGCGGCCUGAGGAGCCCGGCGCCGCCUCCGCCUCCUCCGCGGCGCCCGCAGCCGCCCCGCCGGUGCUGGCGCGCCCGUCCCCGUCCCCGCCCCCGCCGCCACCCCAGUCCCCGCCGCGCCCGCCACGGGGCUCCGUCAGCCCAUCGCCCGCUCGCGCCGCUGCUCACGCCGAGCCUGGCCCAGCGCCAGGGCGCACGGCCACCAGCCCGCCCCUUUCCCGCGCGGAGACCCGCCGCCCGCGGCGCCCGCUCCUCCGCAUGGUGCCCCGCACCGGAGCCUGGCGGGGUGGCCGCUCGAUCGCUUGCGAAGCAGGGACUGAGCGCGCGCCCGCUGGCGGGGCCUCCUUUCGCCACUGGAUCCCAGGACAACAAUGAGAUCUUCUGCCUCCCUAGCGCCCGAUCUGGCCAAGGACACCCCAAGUCACCCCCUGAGCCGCCUCCGGGCUUCUUUCCCAGUGCUCUUAGCCGCACCCGCAAGCUACGCAAAGUUAGCUCCGAGACCAGAGAGGUUGCGCGCCUCUGA